AUAAAUUGCUACACGCAAGAAGGGACGACUAACACAACACAUCUGAAGUUAGUUCUUUCGAACUACUAAAUCAAAUUAAACAAUGUCUUACAUUAGCCUUGCUCCUUUGGCUGUCUUCUUGCUUGCCACUUCCUUGAUGUUUUCAAUGAAGAAGAUUGAAGCAGGAACUUGUGCGAGAUCUCAGUGUUCAAACAGCGCACAAUGCGGCUCCCAUUGUGGGUGUCUCCCCCGUCCCCCAAUUCCAUAUCCAUUUCCAAUUGAUACUGGUCUAUGCAUAGGUGAACCUGCAUUUGUUGCCAUGAUUAAGGAACAUCCCAAGUUAUGUCAAUCUCAUGAUGAAUGCAUGAAGAAAGGGAGUGGCAAAUUUUGCGCUCGUUAUCCGAAUCCUGAGAGUGAGUAUGGAUGGUGUAUUGACUCUGAUUCUGAAGCCCUAAAAGGCUUCUUGAAGAUGCCUACAACAUUUGCCGAGUAACAUGGUAUGCCCAAUGAAAAAGUUGCACACAAAGAUGCGUGUACUACUUCGAAUAAAUGUGUGCUCCAUGCAAUAAGUAGUUUUUGUUUCCAACUCAGUUGGUAAUGAUGGUUCAUGUUUGUUUUUGAGCCUACAAGUAAUUUUUCUUUUGGAUCUUGAUAUCCAAGUAUUCUUUGGAUAUAUGAAUUAUUAAUUAUAGCCUAAUGUCAGUGUAUAUUGUUCUCUUGUGUGGUAAACUAGUACUGCCAAACUGGUAACUCUACCAUUAGGCAUUUACUUGGUA